AUUCAUAUAGUGAUUAUCUUACGAGUCGCGAUUGCGGCUUAUACACUGUUUUUCACGGGACUUCUUAUUUUUGAAGACAAUAUUACUUACAAACUAAUUGUUCUUUCUACUUGUAUUUAUUACUAUUGAGUGUGUAAUACAUAUAACAUCACCAUGGCUAAAUUUGAUUUAACUAGCAAGAUGACUAAAUAUUUAGACCGGCAUUUAGUUGCCCCUCUAUUAGAAUUUUUAUGGGCAAAAAAAAUUUAUAAUGAAAACGAAAUAUUGCAAGCUAAGUUGGACAUUCUCAACAAGACUAACAUGAUGGAUUAUGUCAUCGAGAUCUAUAAACAGUUGAACCCCGAUAAAGAAGUACCAGAGGAAAUGAAAAUCAGAAGAGAUCAAAUUGUUUCACAACUUCAUCAAUUACAAAGUGAAGUUAACGUGGUUAUGAAUUUUCUCGGAGAUGAUAAAGUUAUGAAAACUAUGGAAACAAUGAGAGAUCCUAAGACAUUAUCUAACUAUUUAACUAAAGAGUUUAAUUUUAAAGUAGAAAUGAUGGAGAGCAUGUACAAAUUUGCUAAAUAUCAUUAUGAUUGUGGAAAUUAUGCUGGUACAACAAGUUACUUGUAUUUCUACUUGUUGGUUAUGUCUCCAACUGAUAAAAAUUACUUAAAUGUACUUUGGGGAAAAUUGGCUUCUGAAAUCCUCAUUCAAAAUUGGGAGACUGCUCUUGAAGACUUGAACAAGCUACGUGAAUAUAUAGAUUCAAACACAAAUGGUUCCCCUCUGCAUUUACUCCAACAACGCACAUGGUUGAUUCACUGGAGUCUUUUUGUAUUCUUUAAUCAUGUUAAAGGACGUGAUCUUAUUAUUGAUAUGUUUUUAUAUCGACCAAACUAUUUGAAUGCUAUUCAAACGAUGUGCCCCCAUAUUUUGCGUUAUUUGGCUACUGCUGUCAUCAUCAACCGAUCGAGGAGAGCAGCUAUGAAGGAUCUUGUAAAAGUUAUUCAACAGGAAUCAUACACAUACAGAGAUCCAAUAACUGAGCUUUUGGAAAAUCUUUAUGUGAACUUUGAUUUUGAAGGUGCAAGAGACAAGUUGCACGAAUGCCAAAUUGUUCUUUUCAACGACUUCUUUUUAACUGCAUGUUUAGAUGAUUUUGUAGAAAAUGCACGUUUGAUGAUUUUCGAAACAUUCUGUCGUAUACAUCAAUGUAUUAGCAUUGGCAUGUUGGCUGAAAAACUUAACAUGAACCCUGAAGAAGCUGAGUGUUGGAUUGUAAAUCUAAUUAGAAAUGCAAGGUUAGAUGCAAAAAUUGAUUCAAAAUUAGGCCACGUAGUAAUGGGUACACAACCAUUGUCCCCUUAUCAACAAUUACUGGAGAAAGUAGAUACUCUAUCUGUAAGGUCAGAAGCAUUACAACAACUUAUUGAAAGAAAAGUCAAAGCUAAGACUCAAGAGCAAGAUCCACUUUGGUAUAAUCCUUGAAAAUUGUUUUGUAAGUUAUAAAUGGGAUUGUUUUCCAAUAAAGUUCACAAUAUUCAAAA